UAAAUACCUCUUAAGCUCGUGUUAUUGGGUUUUUCUGAAGUCUUUAACUUCUAAUCCUCUGAGCGGUCAAUCGAAGAAGGGAGAAAAAAAGGUGUUUGUAAUAAAUCUAAGGUAUGGCCCGUACCAAGCAAACUGCUCGUAAGUCAACUGGAGGAAAGGCUCCUAGGAAGCAACUCGCUACCAAGGCUGCCCGUAAGUCUGCACCAACUACCGGUGGUGUGAAAAAGCCCCAUCGUUACCGUCCUGGAACUGUUGCACUUCGUGAAAUUCGUAAGUACCAGAAGAGUACUGAGCUUCUUAUAAGGAAAUUGCCCUUCCAGAGGCUUGUCCGUGAAAUUGCCCAGGACUUCAAGACUGAUUUGCGUUUCCAGAGCCAUGCCGUUCUGGCUCUCCAGGAAGCUGCAGAGGCGUACCUUGUGGGUCUUUUCGAAGACACCAACCUGUGUGCUAUCCACGCCAAGCGUGUUACAAUCAUGCCAAAAGACAUACAGCUGGCACGGAGGAUCAGGGGCGAGCGUGCUUAAUAUUCAAGUGUGAUGCUAUCACUUGGAAUGAAGAAAUUCUUGUUUGUUUGUAGGGAAGGUUGUGUUCCUUUUUUUUUUUAAUAGUUUGGUAGAUAAAGGAUAGGUUGAUGGUUGUGGUAGGUUUUAUUUGAUGUUCAAUCGGUCAUGGUGGCGUUGGUGUCUGAUAUCUGUUAACGGACUUCUUAAAUCUGGGUACGGUCAGUUUAAAUGUGUUUCUCUUGGACAAAAACGUGCUCUUCCACACCGUAGUGGCUUUGAAAAUAUAUCUACUUUUUGCCAA